CUCUUUGUGUACCAUUCUGAGUUUAUAAUUUUCAUGUGACGAUAUUUUUAGAGCAGUACGAUAUUUUUAGUAAGUCCAUAUCGUGUAGGAACAGCGACGAGUGCACGUAAACCUUGAAACAUUUCAAUCAGAUGUGUAAUUUAAUUCUUUGAAGCAUAUUUUUGUGCGUGAAGCUUUGAAACGUCUCUUCGAAACAUUUAAAGAAACUCUAAGUAAAUAAAUUUUGUAACGUUUUGAAAUCGAGUACGAGUAUUAUAGCUAGACGAGUUUUUCAUCUGUGGUGAAGUUUUAGUGUCAGAUGCAUAUAUUUCAAAUUGCAAUAUGAAGUUCAUUCUUUGAUGUUCGAAUUUGAUAUUUGAUGCGUCGGCGCUGACUUUCGAAAAGAAGAUCGCUUACCAGGCAAGCUUCUCGACACCUUACAGUGCGACGAAAGACUGCUCCGAACGAGGUUGUUCCUUGUUAAUGAAAUCUAUACGUGAAUUCAUUGUAUUAUAUUGUGCUAUUCAGUAAACUGUCAUUAAGUGAAAUUGAUCUGCGCGUACGAGUCAACUAUGUACAUAUGCAUACGUAUUUCGAUUUAUAAUUCGUCGGUGUAAAAAGGUCACGCGAACUUGUGCUCAUUAUUAAUUAAAUAAAGAAUAUUCAAUUUUACAUAAUCCUUAGUAUGCAUAAUAAUAAUUGUGUAAUAUAUUUCUUAUAACGAGUGAUAUUAAGAUUGUUUACAAGCUCUUAAUACCUACUUAAAUACGUUCAUUGACAUCGUGAUAAAAGAAGUAAAUCAUGCUGCUUAAUUCACAUGAACAGUAACUAUUUAUGUAGAUACCAAUACAUUUAGUAUUGAAAGAAAAUGUAAAUUGCUUAAUAUAAUGUGUUUAUCAGUGUGUUAGCUGGACUAUAUACAAUUAUAUUGUGCAUGUGCUAAGUUUACGUACUUUAAUAAAACAUGUAAAUGAAGAAUAUUCAGUGACUUUCCAAGUACGACUAUAAGUGAAAUCAAGGAUGGAUAAUGAUAUUUAUGAGCGGGAAGACGUACAAAAGAAAACAUUUGCAAAAUGGAUAAAUUCACAGUUGCUUAAGAAUCAUCACGAACCGAUUUCUGAUUUAUUCGUUGACCUAAGAGAUGGUAAUAGAUUGCUAUCUCUUUUGGAAGUUCUCACGUCGAAAACCUAUAAAAGAGAACGCGGUCGUAUGAGAGUUCAUCAUCUGAAUAAUGUUAACAAAGCUUUGCAAAUUCUUGAACAAAAUAAUGUGAAACUUGUAAAUAUUAGCAGCAAUGAUAUAGUCGACGGAAAUCCUAAGCUAACACUCGGAUUAGUAUGGAGUAUUAUUCUACACUGGCAGGUUCAUUAUCAUCUGAAGGAUUUAAUGACAGAAUUGCACCAGACAAAUUUGGAGAAAACACUUUUAGCAUGGUGUCGUCAAAAUUCACAGAAUUACCCCGGAGUUGACAUAAAAAAUUUUACAACAUCCUGGUCGGAUGGAUUGGCGUUCAAUGCUAUUCUUCACAAAUGGAAACCACAUUCAUUCGAUUUUAAUAACAUUGCACGUAAACAUCCAAAUGUUAGAUUAGAUCACGCAUUCCGUAUCGCUCAGGAGCAAUUGAAUAUUGAACGCCUGCUGGAUCCGGAAGACGUGAAUACUUCGGUGCCGGAUAAGAAGUCAAUAAUGAUGUAUGUUAUGUGCCUCUUUCAAUCAUUACCUCAUUCCGGAGACGAUAUAGGCGAGUUAGAUAUUUCAGUAGCGAGCGAUGGUAGCCCAGUCACGACGCCAGCUGCAGAGAAUGCAUUGUCUUUUACAAAUUUCGGAAUGCCAACAUCUCGACCAAUGAGCCUAGCAACGAAUGUAUCGGUGGAACUUGGCGGCUAUCAAGUUGCGCUUGAGGACGUUUUGACCUGGCUUCUGGAAGCGGAGGAUAAGCUGAAUCACGCUCCAGAACCUGGGGCAAGUUUGGAGGUGUUGAAACAACAAUUUCACGAGCACGAAACUUUUUUGAUGGAAUUGUCCGGGCACCAAGACGGUGUCGGUGCUGUAUUGGAAGAAGGCGCGAGAUUACUGGCGGAAGGUGGUUUACAUAAAGACGAAGAACAUGAAGUCCGCGAACAAAUGUCGUUAUUGAAUUCUCGGUGGGAAGGAUUACGAAUGCGUGCAAUGGAGAGGCAAACUAAAAUUCAUGAGGUACUUAUGCAAAUGCAACAAGGUCAGUUGGAUGCCUUACGGCAGUGGUUAACGAAGACUGAAGAUAGGAUUUCGCUGAUGGCGGCUACUGAAUUAAAUCAAUCUGCUUUGGACGAACAGUUGAAACAAUUAAAUGAAUUGGAGCAAGACAUCGAGGCUCAACAAGGUGUCGUUGACGGUAUGACAAAUAUGGUGGUCGUUGUGGACGAAGAAAACUCCGAAGCGGUCUACGCUCAGAUGGAAGAUAAUUUGUCUGCUCUCGGCGAACGGUGGACACACAUUUGUCAAUGGAAAGAAGAAAGGAGACAACGUUUGCAAGGUCUUUUUUCACUCUGGCAAAACAUUAAUGACGAUUAUAAGAGAUUAGUAUCGUGGUUGAAUGAAACUGAAAUCACAUUGAAGCAAAUGGAAGCUAAUCCAGCGUCCGAAAUCGGCGAAGUACUUGAACGAAUUAAAAAGCUACAAAUUUUGAAGAUGGAGAUGGAUUCGAAUCAAAGGAAACUGUUGUCUUUGCAAGAAGCAGUACAGAAGCUGGAGGGACAAAGUACUUCGCCAGAAUGUUUUAAUAUAUUAGAAAAGAUUGAAAAUCUACAAGAUCGAUGGGAUGCCGUGGGACAAAUAAUGGAAGUCCAGUCGCAGAGGAUAACGAAUUCAGGAUUCGAGUUUGACAUGAAAACAGAGAGAGAAACGACAGUGAUUACCGGCAAUGAAUGGAUGUCUGAAACUGUAACGAGCAUCGCUUAUAAGGAGGAAAUUGCUGCAACGUCGACACCUCACAGCGAUUCAAAAAAGCGUCGUGUAGACAGUACAAUUAGACACGAAUUUGAAUCCGCGUUGCAUAAUCUGUAUAAAUGGCUGGAUUACGUUGAUUUAGAGAUCGGGCGAUCUGAAGGAAGGAUAUUCGAUGAAUUGAGUGUUGAAGAGAAAAAAGUGGUUUACAAUGACACGAUAGCUGAUAUAGAGGCCCAUAAGGACGAUUACAAUAGUGUUUUGGAGUUAGGAAAGCAACUUCUCAAUGAAUUAACAGACGUGAAUGAAUCGAUCGAGGCGGAAGAUACAAAAAUUAAAGACGUACAAAAUCGUUGGACAGCAACUAACAAUCGUCUCGAAGAAAUAAAGAAUCGCAUAGAAUAUUUAGAGGAAGUGAAAAAGUUCAGAACGGAAUUAGCUAGCUUAAAUUUGAUGUUGGACAGCUAUUCUAAAUGGUUCGAUUCAAACAAGGAAAAUAAUCAAGUGGAACCAUUUAGAGUAAAAUUGAAAUCGAUGAAGUCUCAUGAAGAACGCAUAAAAAGAUUGUUAGACAAAGCCAAAGAGUUGUCCGAAAAUCAAACUGCUCACGAGUUUAUUAACUUGAACGCAGAUAUGGAACCGUUCGUUGUCAGUUGGGAAAAGUUAUACAAAGUACUGUCUGAUAGACUAACUGAAUUAAAUGAUGCAGUUGAUAAAACACCACCAAAGAAAUAUAUGGAUACGGUUGAUAAUCUUACUUCUUUCAUUAAUAAUGUAGAGAGUGUGUUACUGUCAGAGCAUAUAGUGAUGUCAGAUGAUAAAACAAUGAUGGACCAACUGCAAAAGUUCAGUGAUCUACAAAAUUCCUUGAAGGAAUAUCAAGAGAUGUUUAAUUAUGUUAACAGUGUUGGACACGAAUUAAUAAUGAAAACGAACGGAGACACUCAGGGGCAACGGUUAAAAGAUGCGUUACAAGAUCUUAACACUAAAUGGAGUGACAUACCAAUAAUAUUAGAAGAACGUCAACAAAAUUUGUUAAAAGAUAUAGAAUCUUUGAAAUUAUUUAAUAAUGAGCUUACCGAUCUCGAGAAUUGGCUUCAAAAGUCCAGUCAGCACUUAGAAGAAGUAUCGAAGGAUAAUACUUCUGAUAAUAUCGAAAGCAUGGAACUUAAAUUAAAGCAGAUUCAAUCUUUCUGUGAGGAGAUAAAUCAGACAAAACCGAGAAUAGAGAAUCUUCAAACUUCUACAAACAGAUUGCUCGAAAAUUCUGAACCGAAAUUCGCGAAUGUGUUAAACAGUAAAUUGGAAGUUGUUUCGCAUAAAUGGAAUGCCAUUGUAGAUGACGCUAAAAGUUUAAGCGAUAAAUAUGAGGAUGCUUUGAAGAAGAACGAUGAGAUUAUAAACGGUAUAGAAGAUUUUACAAAAUGGUUAUCAGCCCUAGAGAAAGAAAUACCAGUUGAAACUAAAAUAACGUCCUCGGUCGAACUGUUCCAAGUUCGUGGCCGCUAUCAAUUGUUGAAGGAAAAGAUAGAUAAACGAGUGGAAGAAUUUAGGAAUCUUAACGAAAUGGGUAACGAUAAGUUGUUGAGUUCCGAAGGCUCUUCGGUACAAGAACUUGGUCGACGAUUUACAUUUUUGAAUGCCCGAUGGACGGACGUUACAGACCGAAUAUACGAACGAUACAGGCAUUUACAAAAUGCUAGUCAUGAAUACGGUGAAUUCCGUGCACUGGUCGCACAAGAAAGUGAUUGGUUGGAUAAAUUGGAUAAAAGAUUGAAGAAAUCAACGGAAAGUGCUGCAGAUGCUGAAGAAAUAUCAGAAGAACUCGACGAUUUGGAGAAUUAUAUACGAAAUCAUCCGGAAUUAAGGCUUGAAAAAAUACAAGAAAUUGGUAAACAAUUAAUCGAAAGUAACAUUAUGACACAGUCUAUUCAAGCAGACGUAGACAGUUUAACAAGUCGCUGGGAAAGUUUAAAUAACCAGGCAGGGCAGCGAGCAAAGCUGCUGGAAGGAUCAGUGAAGCAAGCACAACAAUCAGAAGGACGUAUUCUUGCUCUUCAGCACUCCUUAACGCAAAUAGAUUCUGUACUAACUGCACGUCUUGACUGCGACCUUACUGCUGAUGAUUUGCCUCACGAUUAUCAGAAACUAAUGGAGGAAAUGGAGCAUCAACGUACAACACUUCAAGAAAUGGCCUUGCAAAUUGAAUCGUACGAAGCUUCUGGAAAACAAGAAGCUGCACUUAGAUUACAGGAUCAAUUGACUCUUAUUGAACAAAAAUUCGGCGAAGUUCAAAAGAAGUUCCAACGUUUCCGUUGUCCAACGAAUUUAGAGCCGAGAUUGUCCAGAGCUUUACGAGAACUUAGAGGAAUAGAAGAAGCUACUUGCUUACUGGAAUUGUCAUCGGAAGAUCCUGAAGUUAUCGAAGGUCAACUUCAGCAUUGUUUGCGUUUUUAUCAAACGCUAAGUGAAAUUAAAGGUGAAAUUGAGAAUAUUAUAGUAACUGGCAGGAAAUUAGUUGAAGAGAAAAGCGUUUCUGAACCAGAGAAACUUUCGCGACGGAUCGACUUGUUGAAAGAACUGUACAAUAAACUGGGUUUACAUAUAACUGAAUCAAAAGCAUGCUUGGAAUCGGCCUUAGACUUAUCACGAGAUAUGUUUAAAAACAUGUCUUAUAUCAACAUGUCCAUAGACAGUAUUAAUAAAGAAUUAGAUACACAGAAAAACAUGCCUGAUCUUCCAGUUAAUGCGAUAUAUGUUCGAGAGACUCUGACAGAAAUAAUUCCACGGCUAAAUGUUAUUAAAGAUAAAUUGUUAAAUUCUCAAGAUGAAUUCUCCAGGCUCUGUGAUCCCAUGUAUUUGGAGCAAUUUAAAGAAAAAUUAUCGGACGCUUUUACCAAGUUGGCAAAUACCGAAAAGAGAUUAAGACUUUGUAAUACAUCAGAAGAAGAGCCGAACGUUGACGAAAUAACUGCAUGGCUUGUACAAGUUGAAGAAAAAUUGAAUAAAUUGGACGGUAUUCCGGUCGAUCAAUUAACAGAUAAUCAUUUUGAACAAUGCAAAGCUGUGCAGAGUGAGAUGAUCGAAGCAAAACCAAAGAUCAAUCAACUGCAGCGUUAUACUUAUUAUCCGAAAGUUGCAGACGUUUGCAAGAAGUGGGAGAAUAUAUCCACUAGAAUACAAGAAUGGAUCCACAAAAUCACAGACAGUUUAUUAGUAAAAAGUAAGGUGGGAGAGACUAAGGGGAGAGACAAUCAUGGACGCGCUAAAUUGUCUAGACAGCCGGAACAAACUUCGGUGCAGCUAUCUAAAAAAGAGAAUAAAUUGAUAGAUGAAAAUGAGGAGAUAUACGGCAUAGGAUAUCUUAAUCCUGCUUUCGAUGAAAGUCAAUGUAACGUACAUACGCCUGAAAGUUCGCCAAUCGAUAUCGUACACCGAAGUCGGAAAUCUUCUGUCAAAUCUGAGAAAGUAAAAGCUAAAAUCGUAGACAGCAGUAGAGCCGUUAGACGAAAGUUAGACAUGAGUUCUGUACCCGAUGUUGUUCAAACUUCUCAACCUCAGGUUGUUCAUAUCGACGCUGAUCCACCUUCUUCGUCUCCGGACAGAGACGUGUACAUGCCCGAUGAAGAGUUCUUUUUGUCCAAAAAUAGCACAUUGUUUUCCCAAGUUUCCUCUAACACGCUGGUUACGACAGACUCAAAACCCUUCAACACGUACAACACACAAUCGAAUCCCUUUCGUAUUGUAGAAGUGAAAGAAAGUGAAAUAGUAAAAUCAGUUGCAUCUCCCGAAGAUCAUGUAAUAUUACCAAGUGCAAACGUCAGUGUAGGAUUAAUGCCGCAGGUUGUUGAAAGAGUGGAAAUCAUUGAGGAUACAGAAACAGAGCCGGAAUCCGUAGAUACUGAUACCGAAGAUAAAGAAACUAGGGCACAAAUUUGUACUGCAAUUGGUAGUGGAACUCAAAAUAUUAACAAAAAGAGAGAACUUAUACCUAUCUUAAAAAAGAAAAGAGCAAUAGAUUCGUUCCCUACAAAAAGCGUUAAGAAAUUAACUCUUAAACUAGACGUCGAUGAUGGUGUAGACACUGAGAGUCAAGUUCCAAGUAGUAAAUCAGAUUUAAGUACACAAUUUUUAUGUAAAGGAAAUAAAGCAGAAAAGAAUUUGAAAGAUAAAGAUAGCAUUGCCGAAUAUCUUAUACUUGAAGAUAAUAAAGUGAACAAAAAUUUAAAUUCACAAAGUAGUGUCGCAGGUUCUUCUUCUGAAUCAGCAAUUAGUUUCACGAAAAGGAGAAAAGAGAAUAGUAAUGACAAAGACACGAUAUUCAAGAAAGAUACAGAUUUAUUAAAAUCACGAAAUAAUGGAAAUCACAGCGUUGAUUGUGAAAAGAGUAUAAAAACGUCGUUAUUUAGACGUGCUAGAAGCGUUUCAAAAGACGAUACGGUUGAGGAUUGUGAAAGUUUCUAUGGAAGCGAUAAAGAGACCGACGAUAUUUUAAUUUUUUCUGAUGACACGGAAAUUGACGUCGGAAGUUCCAGUUCGGAUGGAGACGAUCCAAAUUUAGGAGAAAAUGUUGAACACCUCUUGGGCAAGAUACAAACAGAAAAAUUAUCACAGAAAAUACAACAGAAAGCAGAGGCGAAGAAGGAAUUAUCUAGCGAUAAAAGGCCUUUUAAAGUCUCUGGUCUAUCCAGAACAGGCUUGGAAAAAAAUAUUUUGGAAUUCGAACAAGCUGCGCAACGGAUGCUACACAGAAUGGAUGUGAUGUUAAUGAGCAUUAGUGGCAUCAGUAACGAGAAAGAUCCUACUAAGCGCCUGGAGGUACUAAAGGAUGAAGUUAGUACUCUUGCACCAGACGCAGCGGCUUUGAUCAGUAAAGGUGAUGGUCUAGUCAUGACAGUGCACACAUCUGAUCCUGUUAGGGCUGAGAAAAUAAAGAAUGAGCAUCAGGAUAAGUUGAGAAGCAAAUGGCAUCAAGUUAUGUCGGAAAUAGAAACGAGGCGCGUACAAGCACAGCGAGGAGAAGAAAUAUUACGUCAGUAUAAUGGCAUAGUAGCGGAAUUCGAAGAUUGGUUUAGAGACGUGCCUCUGAAACUAGAACAAGUGAAUAAUUACGAGGGCCAGUUGGAAUCGUUCACUGUAGAAUUCGACGCUAAGCAGGAUCAAAUUCAUAAAUUGAACGAUCUUGCUGCUGAGUUGAAACGAUUGAAUGUGGGAUUUUCUGAAACUGUGCGUUUUAGUAUCAACAGUAGAUGGCAAGAAGUCAGUUCACAAUUUAAAAGAUACAGUGGCAGUAAGGAUAAGGAUAAACACGUAACGGAUAAAAAAGUUGAAGUGGAUAUGGGUGGAGUCGAUAUGCAAGAAUUUACCAGCAGAGUUAACAAGAUUAGAGAAGCUGUCGUGACUGUGACAAGAUCUUUAAAUUCUGUUCCCUUGAAUGGUGACGAUUAUGAAAUGUUCUCGAGUCAAGAGGAGUGUCUGAAAAAAAUUAGUAACGCUUUAAACAUUCUUAAACCAAGUAUAGAAGAGAUCAACUCAGUUUUCGAGAAUGUCGCGUCACAGUUAAGGAGAGAACAGGCUGAACAAAUUAGGCGCCUAAGCGACAAAUUACGAGACGAAUGGAUAAACGUUAAUGAAAGUUAUGUAGGAAGAUACAACCGUUGGAAUAAAUGUUGCGAAAAAUGGAGAGAAGUUUGUAAUACAUGUCGCAUGUUUUCCGAAUGGUUGGAUAAAAUGGAAGAGUCGUUAAAGAAAUUAAAUUCUCUGGGCUAUUCCAAAUCAUCGAAAACAAGGAUAUUUGAAUUGGAGCAAGAAAUUUCCAGAAUGCAGAGAACUAUGAAUAAUAUUAACGUCUCAAGCGCCAGUAUUUUAUCUCGUGCAAAAACUGAAGAUAUGAUAGAAUUCAGGGAGAUGAUUGAAAUGAUAAAGCGCCGUUGGCAAAAUAUUAUAACUGAAUUGAAUAUACAAAAAGAAAAGAAUUUCGCCAUGGAACGGAAAUUUAACAACGAAGGUAGAAUUUUAGAAAGUGCUUAUAAUAUUUUGGAGCAAAUCAAUUCGUUAUUGGUGUCGGCUGCAAAUCCUUCAGAUGAGACAUCAUUGUCAAUAAGAUUGUCAUUAAUUAAGGCCAGACAAGAGGAACUCUCUUCCCGUAAAAGGACAUUGCAAACUUUGAUACAUCAAAACAGCAUUCCUGAAGAUGAAUGUAAUAAAUUACUUGCAGAUAUGGAUAAGGCUAAUACGAACUUAUCCAGCCAUCGUGAAUACGUCGAAAAUAAGCUUACUUCUCUUAAAAAAUAUAUCUGUACCCUGGAUGUUGUUAUGGCGUGGGUCAUGGAAACUCGAACGAGAAUAAAUAUAUCUCGAGAAUUAUCUCAGCAAGAGCGGGCGGAGGUCCUUAAACAUAUUAUGACCAAGGUAAAAGAUCGAGAAAUGGAAGUGAAAGAUGUUUUAGAAAAUUAUACGAAUUUGGAGAAGGAAUGUGAAUCUGCGAAGCAGCCCAUUUCUGUUGAACUACAAGAAAAAUUGAAGAAACUGCGGGAAGAUUGGCACUUCGUCAAGAACAACGGAGAAUCGCAAAAUCACGAGGUUAAAACUACCGGGACAGUCGGAGUCGCGACGUCAGCAAUAGAAGUCGAAAAGAGUGCAGGUGCUGCACCGGGGGCAUCGGGUGCAACUGCAGGGGGCCCUCGGGGGUUGACAUCGUCCCCUGCCCCCUCGACGCCCUCGACCCCUGUCGUUACCACUAGUGCCUCGGUUUGUACCACUUCGCCUUCGUCCACGCCCUCCCCAUCGACAUCACCCUCCGCCCUCGUAGCGGGUUUCGAUAAAUCGGUACUACAGAUACGCGAUUGGUUGACAGUCGAAGAAGAGAUGUUACGAAAACAAGCUGUGGUCGUCGGCGAUGUCGGCGAAAUUAUGGAGGCGCUUGAUAAACAAAUGGACGUCCUGCGGGAGCUGGGGCAGAAAAAGCCGCAGCUGGACGAGUUGGUGCACACCGCAGAAGCGCUGCGCGCUGACACGAAUAGGCAGCAAGUGCAUGGCAAAGUUACGAAGCUGAGAGAGCACUGGGACGAGAUGAACUCGAAAAUGAUGCAGAGGAAAACAGAGCUGGACGCGAUGCUUGGGGACAGCCAGCGUUACGAGGCGAAGAGAAACGAGGUGGAGGUAUGGCUGGUGCGAAUGGAAACCCGGCUGGAGAAAAUGCGGGCCGUCGGGCACACCGCCGACGUUCUCGAGGCGCAGCUACGAGAACAAAAGUCGUUCCACGCGGAGUUGCACCAAUACAAGCACCAGAUCGAGCAGUUCAAUCAGCUCACGCAGAAACUGAUCGCCGUUUAUCAGGAAGACGACACGACGCGCGUGAAAAAGAUGACCGAGACCAUCAAUCAGCGGUACAACAAUCUGAACACCAGUAUCAUCAAUCGGGGAAAACUGUUACAUUCCGCGAUGAACUCCCUCCACAACUUCGACCGGUCCCUGGACAAGUUCUUGGCUUGGUUGAGCGAAGCUGAGUCCUCGAUGGAAGGAUUAGAAGCGGAGGCUGAUCGGCUCGGCGGACGGCGGGACCAGGGUGCACUCAGGCGACCGCAACAUCAGCUUAAGCCAGCCAAUUGCAGAAGGACUAAAGACUUGCAAUCAGAAAUUGAAACACACCGAGACGUGUACGCGUCGUUGAACGGCACCGGUCGGAAGCUGUUAAGCUCUCUGGCUAGUCAAGAUGACGCGGUUAUGUUACAACGACGGCUGGAUGAGAUGAACCAAAGAUGGCAUCACUUAAAAGCGAAGAGCAUGGCGAUAAGAAAUCGACUGGAGAGUAACACGGAGCACUGGAACGCACUUUUAUUGUCCCUUCGCGAGCUGAUCGAAUGGGUGAUCAGAAAAGACACGGAGCUCACUGGCUUGGGACCCGUUUGUGGAGAUGUAGCCGCCUUACAGAAGCAAGAGGACGAUCAUCGCGGCUUCAGGAGACAGCUCGAGGACAAACGACCGAUCGUUGAAAACAACCUGCUGAGCGGACGCCAGUACAUCGCCAACGAGCCACCGCUAUCUGACACGUCGGAUUCCGAAGCCGGAAGAGAAUUAGACGGCGACUCGAGAGGAUACAGGAGCGCGGAGGAACAGGCACGCGAAUUGACACGCAGCAUACGCCGCGAAGUGAACAAACUUUCGGAGCAGUGGAACGCCCUAAUCGAACGUAGCGAUGCGUGGAAGCGGAAACUCGAGGACACCGCUAGCAAAAUAUGCGUCUUCCAAAAAACGCUGGAAGAUCUGUCGUCGCGGAUGGCCGGUGCAGAGGCGAUCCAGAGCGGCUGGCAGAAUCCAAGCGACUCGAACGAGGCGACGGAAAUGUUGAAGCAGUUGGAGAAAUUCGGCGAACGACUCCUACCAAUCCAGAGGAGCAUCGAAUACGCGAACGAUCAGGCAAGCGUCUUCGCCUCGAGCAGCGUCAUCGUUUCUCAUGCUUUGCUGGCGAAACUCGAAGAUCUCAACACCAGGUGGAAGGUGCUGCAAAUGGCGGUUGACGAGCGUUACAAGUUGCUAAGCGGAUUUGGAAAGGAUGGCAGCACUCCGGGUAGCCAGGCUUUCCUCGCAAGCAGCGUGGAACGACCAUGGGAGAGAGCCCUCACACCCGCCAAAGUGCCUUACUAUAUCAACCAUGAAUCGGAGACCACCCAUUGGGAUCAUCCGAAAAUGAUAGAACUGAUGUCCUCGUUGGCGGACCUGAACGAAGUUCGAUUUUCAGCGUACAGGACUGCGAUGAAGCUGCGCACCGUUCAGAAACGACUGUGCCUGGACAUGUUGAGUCUCUCCACCGCAUUAGAGCAAUUCGAUUCGCACGGACUCCGGGCACAGAAUGACAAACUAAUCGACAUUCCCGACAUGGUGACAGUCCUGACGUCCCUAUACGAAGUGAUAACAACGGACAAUCCGACCCAGGUGUCUGUUCCGUUGUGCAUCGAUCUGGCUAUCAACUGGCUCCUCAAUGUGUACGAUAGUCAACGAACCGGUCAGAUCCGUGUGCUCUCCUUCAAAGUUGGUUUGGUUCUGUUGUGCAAGGGUCAUUUGGAAGAGAAAUAUCGAUACUUGUUCCGGUUGAUCGCUGAUCCAAACAGACUGGUGGAUCAACGAAAGCUUGGUUUAUUGUUGCACGAUUGCAUCCAAGUGCCGAGGCAGCUGGGAGAGGUGGCGGCAUUCGGUGGAUCGAACAUCGAGCCGAGCGUUCGCAGCUGCUUCGAGAAGGCCGGUAAAGACAAAAACGAGAUAGAGGCGGUGCACUUUUUAAGCUGGCUGCAACAGGAACCGCAGAGUAUGGUCUGGCUGCCUGUGCUUCAUAGACUCUCGGCCGCAGAGAGCGCGAAACAUCAAGCAAAAUGCAACAUAUGCAAGGAAUAUCCCAUCACUGGAUUUAGGUAUCGUUGCUUGAAAUGCUUCAACUUCGACAUGUGCCAGAAUUGCUUUUUCUCGGGCCGGAAGGCAAAGAACCACAAGUUGACGCAUCCGAUGCAAGAAUAUUGUACUGCGACUACAUCUGGCGAGGACGUGCGCGAUUUCACGAGAGCGCUACGUAACAAAUUCAAGUCGAAGAGAUACUUCAAAAAACACCCCCGGGUUGGUUAUCUACCCGUGCAAACAGUUUUGGAGGGUGACGCGCUCGAAAGCCCAGCGCCGUCGCCGCAGCACAGCUCCCUCAGCCAAGACAUGCAUUCUCGUUUAGAGAUGUACGCGUCCCGGUUGGCGGAGGUCGAACUUUCGCGCACUAGAAGCAAUUCAACGCCGGACAGCGAUGACGAGCACCAGCUGAUCGCCCACUAUUGCCAGAGCUUGAAUGGCGGAGACAAUGUGAACGUGCCCAGAAGUCCGGUGCAAGUGAUGGCCGCGAUCGACGCUGAACAGAGGGAAGAACUUGAAGCAAUGAUACGCGAGUUGGAAGAGGAGAACGCGACCCUGCAGGCGGAAUACGAACGACUACGCUCGAAGCAGACGCCAGGCUCAACGCCGGAGGAUGGCCACGGCAACAGACAACCGGACUGCGACAUGAUCGCAGAGGCGAAACUGUUGAGGCAGCACAAAGGUAGAUUAGAGGCGCGCAUGCAGAUACUCGAGGAUCAUAAUCGUCAGCUGGAGGCGCAACUGCAGAGACUCAGACAACUUUUGGACGAGCCAAACGCUUCCUCGCCAUCGAAGACGGGCACGCUGCAGACGCGAAGCGUGACGGCGUCUCAACUCGCGACAGACUCACCUGCUAAGAUAAACGGGCAUUAUCAUGAUUCUCCAGGUGGUGGAGGCUCGAACGAGGGAAGAGUGAGCAGUUUAGAGAGGCCACCACCGCCACCGCAUUCUCACAGCGUUGCCCAUAACGUGAGCAAUCUAUUGCACAUGGCAGGGGACUUAGGAAAAGCAGUCGGCGAAUUGGUGACAGUGAUGACCAGCGAGGAUUCAUCGAAAACGAAUGGGCAAAGGGCACCACCACCGGCUUUCAAAUAACGACUAUUAUCUAACAAAUGACUAACUUCGAGGGUAUUGUUUUGCGUUACGACAAAUUGUAUAACGACGAGAGAACGAACGAGAAUCGACCGCACGCGUGCUAACAUAAGAUACACGCACGCGAGAUACGCGAACUUUCCAAACAUUUUAAAUUUGAAUGACCAAUAACAAGAAGAAAAAGCCUGGCUCUAAACGCAUAUCAUAGAGAGAGGGAAAAUAUCGCGAAAAAAUGCAGGGUCAGGGUAAGUCGCCGCGCAAGUGGUUUUGGGUAUUUUAUAAGUUUUGAUAUACAACGUUGUAUAGCUAAAUUAUAAUAUCGAAUUUAAGACGAUUAUGGUUUUCGGCUAACGGCGGCGCCCUGAAUGUUAAAUUUUUCUCCACUUUAAAAACUACAUACAUAUUGACACGUCAUAUCAUUGAGAUGAAAAAAAGAAGAUUGUAAUCAUACGAGAAAAUCGAAAUCGAGUCAGUUGUUAUUUAAUGCUUGCUAGUUUAACAAAAGAAAAAAAUACAUACGAAGGUGAUGAUGAAACGUGUAACGGUUAUAAGAGAAUUAAACGAACGGAAAUAUCAUUAACAAUGCAUGCAAAAGCAAUGUAUCAAAUCACGUGCAUACUCUAUUAUAGAUCGUAGACUAAUACUUACAUUACCCAUUCUGUUCACUGCCAUGGACUCUUCCUCGACAUUAAACGAAAAGGAAACAACAAUACACGAUACGAUAUGUACAUGUUAUAUGAAAUCUAGAUGACACAGUAUAAAGUAUAAGAGAAUAGAAAGGAAAAAGCGGCAGGAGGGCUGGGGGGUUGAAAGCAGAGAGUAUCAUACGGAAGUUCGCAUCGACACACGACGACACACGUUUCACACACGAAAACAGGUACAUGCAUAUCAUUAUAUACAUAUACAUAUACAUAUAUAAAUAAAUAUAUAUAAAUAAAUAAAUAAAUAAAUAAAUAAAAUAAAUAUACGUGGAUACAUGAGACACACAUGUUAACAAAACGACACGUACACGCUGAGGACUUUUUGUAAUCGAUAAUAAAAAAAAAGAAAACGCAAAGCAAUGUGCAUUAUGACUUUCAAAUCUUAUUUUUUAUCCGGUUACGAUCGUUUUUUCAUAUUUUUUAAAUGGAUUUUAGAUGGCAAUGUCUAUUAUUUAAAGCCUGCCGGAUGUUACUUAUAUUUAAGAGUAUAUCGAAUAAGCAUCUAAUUUACAAACUGUAGACUGUAUUCUGAUAUGUAAUAAAGUUGUCUAGAAAAUAAUAA